UUUUAUAAAAAGUGCUAUGCAAUUAAAAAGUUUCCAUGAUUAUCAGUAUCCUUGAGCAGUCUUUAGCUUAUUUGUAAUCGUAUAUCUUAUUGCAAUCUCAUAUUUUCAAUCAGUAAACUAUGGCCCGCCCGAUUGCUUAUUUAACGAGGAAAGAAGUAAUAUCUAGCUGUCAUCGGUUGCACAAUAAUAAUCUAAGUGAUGAAGAAAAUAAAAACACAUAUGGAAAAUGUAACAAUUAUUGGGGACAUGGUCACAAUUACACAGUUGAAGUUACAGUAUGUGGACCUGUAGAUCCUGUAACAGGUAUGGUGAUGAACUUGUCACAUUUAAAAUUAUAUAUGAAGAAAGUGUUAAUGGAUCAAUUGGAUCAUAAGAACUUAGAUAAAGAUGUACCUUAUUUUAAAAAUGUUGUUUCAACAACUGAAAAUGUAGCUAUAUAUAUUUAUAAUGAAUUGAAAAAAGUUAUGCCAUGUCCAGAGCUUUUAUAUGAAGUAAAAAUUUAUGAAACUGACAAGAAUAUUGUUGUUUACAAAGGAGAAAAAGAAAGUUAAUAUGUAGAAUCUCAGUGUAAAAUAACAGAUGAUAUUACUUUAUUCUUAAAAAUGUUAUGUAUUUCAAAUUUUUAUUAUUUAC